AUGGCACCAACCAAGAUGAUAGUCUCGCCGCCCCGUAUCAACCUGCGCAGGGCCGCCUCCUACAACGCCGCAGACCGAGGCCCGUUAUCCUCCAGCUCCUCCAGGUUCGGCUUCGAACACCUCGCCUUUCACUCCCCGCCGCCGUCCCCGGGUUUGCCUUUACCACAACAGGCCCCGCGCAAGAGGAGAAAAUCCUCCAACACGCCACGGCCCAGCCGGGUCAUCCGGUGGUUUCUGUGGCUGUCUGGCUUGGUCCUGCUCUUCUUCGUAGCGGGCAGGUCCAUUCAGCAGCAUGACGGCGCUGCCGUCGUUGUCUCGGAUGUGUUUGAGUGGGCUGCUUCGCAGUGGGAUGAGAGGCGGGAAUAUGAGAUGAUCGGACAGGACAGCCUGCCUGAUUUCCCGACGCCUGUCGUGGUGACAGAUCGGAGGGGAAGGGCGAAGUGGACCGUGUCGAUUCCGCAGAGUCUUGGGUUCCCACUCUCACCCAGGGAGUAUACGGAUAUGUGUGCCAAAUGCAGGGAGGUUUCUUCGCGGGUGAAGGGGCUGCACUCGCACAAGGCUAUGGGCAUUGAUCAGAUUACCAUGCUGGGCAGCGGCGGCCUUGGCAGCAGCAGCAGCAGCAGCAGAGGAGAGGCUACCAACACGGCCGAGAACGACAAACACUUCGUCGACGUCCGCGAGGCAGAAGGACAGCGCCUCUUGCCCCCAACCACACCAGGCAGCAAAGGGUCCGGCAAGAACGGCGAAAAGCUAGGCGUCGACGGCCACAGCCUCAGCCAAAAACGGAUCUGCGCCUCCAGCCUGACCUUUGUGCUUGAGUCCGAGGACGCAGGGCUGGGAACGUCGCUUAUGGCGCUGUGGAUUGCGUACGGCACGGCCAAGAGGGAAGGACGGACUUUCUUCAUCGACGAUACGCGCUGGGCGUAUGGCGAGUAUACUUCGCUCUUCGAGACGCUUCCCGCUCCCGACUGUCGGCCUCCUCCGGCACAUGAGCGGCUCCCGUGCCCGCGCCAAGCUCGGCAUCUCGUCGUGUCUACGGCGACUGCACGUGAGGUGCUGGUUACCGAUGAUGCAGCCCCGGACGAGGUGUACGUCGAAGGAUUCUCCCUGGCCCAACGACCUGGCCAGAAGGCACUAUACGCCUUGGCAAGAGAAGGAUACGAGGCGCUGUUCCGACUGGGUGCGCAGGACAGAGAUUACGUGGCACAGCGCGUGGAGGAGCACGCUGUGCGCAGCGACGGGAGGGCGGUUGGUGUGCAUGUGCGACGUGGGGACAGGCGGCCUUUUGAGGCGCAGUACGCGGAUUCGUACAUUCCCCUGACGGCGUAUGCGCAGGCGGCGAGAGAGGUGCUGGAAGCAGUUGGGGUUGUCGAGGACGACGACGAGAACCAGACAGCAAGGAACGCCAGUCUUGUGGUUCUAGCGAGUGAUGAUCCGCUUGUUUACGAGGCGGAGGAGUUUACUGGGGCUGGGGAGGAUCUGGUGCGAGCCCAGGAGCUGAUUCGGCUGGCGGGAAAGGAGGAUGAUGAUAAGGAAAAGAAGGAACAAGAGGAGAAGAAGAAAAAGAAGCAGACGAACAAGUAUGUCAUGCACAAGUUUGAGGAGGAGACGUUUGGAUGGGAGGGAGGUUUCUUUGGGGCCAUGUUUUGGAACUUGGGAGGACAAGGAGGAGGAAGUAGUGCAUCGACAUCGACGACGACAACAACAACAGUGACGCCCUCAGAGGACACAACGAGGCUGCGAAGUUACAUGGGGAGGGCAUACUUGAUGGACCUGGCAGUGCUGGCGGAGACAAAGGGAGGAGGUGUGGUUUGUGCGGUGAGCGCGACGGGAUGUCGGCUGUUGGCGGUGAUGAUGGGAGAGGAGAGAGCGUUUGAGAAGGGGCAGUGGAGGAACGUGGAUGGCAAUUUUGGAUGGAGUGGGUUUGUCUGGUAGGCGCGAUGAGGAGAAGGACGUGGAAGGAGGAAGGAACGAGGCGUCUAGUCUGGAUGUGCAUUGUCAUGGCGUUGGAUGGUUUUUGAUCCAAGGAGCAUCUUGGUCCGACUUUUGGACAAAGUCGUUUUCUUUUAUUUUUUAUGAUACCAUCAUCCUGUGUGCUGUUCCUAAAAGAGGAGAGUAGCAGAUUACAUUCGCUGGACAAAAUUAUAAAUCUUCAAUCU